AUGGCUUCCAUGUCCUCUGAGCAACCUGACCAACAUGGACCGUCAAAAGGACGCACGCCACAAACCAGCACACGGUCUCCUAGGAUUCGAUCUAGUUGUGACGAAUGCUCUGCUGCCAAAGUGAGGUGCUCAAAAGAUAGACCUCGAUGCGAACGAUGUCUGAGCUUCAACGUCGAAUGCAUUUACGGAUACUCCCUGAAACGUGGUAGAGGAACCAGCAAACAACACCAACACGCGCAAGAAGCCUCGCAGCAACAAAAACUCCCGCCUCUUCCUCAACAAAGCCUGUCAGCUUUCGAUAUGGACUUGCAACAUCUCUACUCCGAUAACAUGAUACUGACGCCCUGGAUGACUCCCACGUUCCAAAAUACCGACCUCCUAGGUCUAACCGGCAGCUCAUCAGGUACGAUGGGUUCGAACAUAACGAUGGUCAACACUACCGGUGCUUCUCCAUGGGGCAUUGCAGGCUCGUCCAAACACACGAGCUUGAGUAGCACUUCCGGUUACGAGUCGCUGGACGAACUGGUGUCAUCAUCGCCGUUGCCCGAACUCAAAGACGCGGAGGCCCUCGAUCCAUCGCUGUCUUCACAGUCCAUGGCCUUCUUGAAACCACAGACCGGUCAUGGUUGCUACGAUAUAGCCCACUGCGCUUUGGCAAGCCUGUGUUUCCAGCCUCAUUCGAUGCCUAAUCCAGCCCAAAGGCAGGAACCUAAGAACUUGACUUUGAACUUUGAAGACAUCUUGGGAGGGACGAAAGAGGCUCUGUCAACGCUAGAGCAGCUCAUGACUUGCUGGUGUGCUAAAAUACCGCAUAUGGCACUGUUGCACGCUUUUCUGGUCACGAGGAUUGUCUUCUGGCAUCGCGUAGCUGUUGGCAGCACGGUAUCAUACGUUGUGCAGCGUACCCCGGGAGGCUCCCCACAAAGCCACCAACGAUCGUUGUCAAUCUCAUCGAAUCCAAUGACAAUGGGGACAUACAUUCCUGAUGCCGAAGAGCAACGUCAGAUGCAACGGCUGUCGCUGGUCCGAAAUUUGAAGAAGAUGGAAGAGCUACUGCAGAUGUUUCGUAAAUCUGGAGACCUUCAUCGCUCGCUGGCUGUGUGUCUUCAGACCGAGUUUGAGCAGACCUCCCGAGACGUAAAUGCGUACGGGGAGACUUACGCCUGA